CGAGUGUGGUUAUUAUCAAAUCAAAUUGACAUCAUUUUACAAACAUAUAACCAUGGAUAAACCGCAAAUAAUACUGCAUAUCCAAAAGUCGGUCAACUUCACACUUUUCGACGCAAAAUGGAUACCGUCUAGUGCUAAGUUCGUGGUCCUCGGUAACCAUGCACGCGGAACCGGUGCCAUCCAGAUAUAUGAGGUUUCUCACGGAGAUGUUGGACUCGUUAAGGAGGUGGAAAAGUCCAAGGGAUUUAAAUGUGGCACAUUUGGAGCCUCCAAACUACAGGAGAGAUAUUUGGCCACAGGAGAUAUGGAAGGCAAAAUGCACAUAUGGAACCUUGAACAACCAGAGCUACCAAUAUACUCAGUGAAGGGACACAAGGAAAUCAUCAAUGCUAUUGAUGGUGUUGGUGGUUUAGGAAUUGGUGAGGGGGCACCAGAAAUUGUCACUGGAAGUAGAGAUGGAGCAGUUAAAGUUUGGGAUCCUCGUCAGAAGAAUGAACCUGUUGCUACCAUGGAGCCAGGAGAAGGUCAAGAUAAACGGGACUGCUGGACUGUGGCAUUUGGUCAUGCCUAUAACCAGGCAGAUAGAUGUGUUUGUGCUGGAUAUGAUAAUGGAGAUAUCAAGCUAUUUGAUUUGAGAAACAUGCAGCUUCGCUGGGAACACAAUGUAAAGAAUGGUGUCUGUGGCAUUGAAUUUGACAGAAAGGAUAUCAGUAUGAACAAGUUAGCAGCAACAACAUUAGAAUCCAAAUUCCAUGUGUUUGAUAUGAGGACACAGCAUCCAACAAAAGGAUUUGCUAGUGUAACAGAAAAGGCACACAAAUCAACCGUAUGGGGAAUCAGACAUCUACCACAGAACCGAGACAUAUUUAUGUCUAUGGGAGGAAACGGAUCACUCUACUUGUGGAAAUAUUCCUACCCUCAUCAACGAGUAGAAAAAGACAGCGAAGGUCGAGAGAUGGGAGUACCUGGAACUCUGAACCUUCUACAGAACAUCACUAUGACAACACAGCCAAUCAGCUCCCUAGACUGGAGUCCUGACAAGGAGGGGCUAUGUGUGUGUACCUCAUUUGAUCAGACAUUAAGGGUUUUGGUUGUCACAAAACUUAACCGUGUAUGAGACAACUUUAAAUUACUUUAUUAAUACCCUCAGUUCGCCAUGUUGAUUAUUGCAAAAGUCUGUAUCAGUUGGAUGGUGACAAAAUCAUGAGUUAUGACUAUUUGAAUUCUACCUAAUACUAUGGAGACACCAUCCUCUGAUUGCUGUGAGAGGGUCAAGGGAGUCUCAGACUGGAUUAUUUCACUCAUAUGUAUGGGAGUAGUGCAACUGACAGAUUCUGUUUCAUACAGUGUUCUAAUUGAAGAAAACCAUCCUGUUGGUUAGAGAGUGAUACAGAAGUUCUGUCUCCCUUAGGUUAUUAAUAAAGCAGACCUAUAGUGAUGUCAAUAUACAGUGUACAGAUGUUCAUAUUCAUUUACUUUGUUUCUGGCCCCUGUGCAACAUUAUAGAUGUGAUAUGGUGUGACUGGUGUGUGUUCCUGGCUUUACAGUAAGGAACAGAACAUGUGUACAUGUGUGAAGUCAAAUGAAAUAUGGUGUAAGUUAGUGAUUCUAGAUAAUGAAGAAGGUUUCAAAGUUACUUUGAGUCAUUCAUGUCAGUUCAAUAUGGUAAUACAUGUGCAUCAAUACAUACAAACAAAAUAUUUCAAAAGACACGUAUACUGUUUAACUGUUUUACCUGUUGUGUUGUAAUUUCAACUCCUUUGUAUUUAUGGAAGUUUGUUCUAAUUUACAACAUCAUUAGCACUGAAGAAUGUAAUAUCAGACAGAUAUUCAACUUCAAUGUAAAUUUGCAAAUGUCAUAUACUGUGGUGUCCACAUCUUUCAAAAUAUCACAUCAUUUGGUAAAUAGUGUGUGUAUUCACCUGCAUAAAGAAGGACCAUGAGGAUAAAUAAUGUUGGACAAUUACAUUGUAACAGAUUCAUUGGUCCCACUAGGUUUACCUUCUGGAACAAAUCAAUUCUGAGAGUAGAUUUUGGAGAAUACAAAUAUUUUUUGCCAGAUUGGUAACCAUUUUAAAUUACACAAUACAUGUAUAAUGUGUUCAUGCUAUCAACAUAAUGAAUAUCAUCUUAACUAUUACAAAUAAUGUAGUUGCAUUACAUGUUAAUAAAACUUUCAAAACUUACUGUAAUUGUCAUGACCAAUCAAUAUAUUUCCAAUGUUGGGUAUUUUACUGUUUGUACAAAUUUCCAAUGUUGAGUAUUCCGAUUUAUGUAUCAUUUGCCAAGUUUCAUAAAUGAAACUCAAUGGAAAAUAAAACCUAUUUAUUUUAA